AUGCUCGCUCAAUCACUUUUCCUUCUCGCCUUGAUGAUUUCUCCUGUCUUUUCAGCUACUCACACAGUUAGUGUGGCAAACAACAAGAGUUUGACUUUCGAACCUUCAGAGGUGAAAGCUGAAUUAGGAGAUAUAAUCGAGUUCAAAUUCUUAGCUGGUAAUCAUACAGUAACUCAAUCAACUUUCGCUUCCCCAUGUACGAAUGCAGGAUUCAACUCUGGUCAAAUACCUGGUAAUGCCGAUUCACCAACGAGUUACUCUAUCUUGGUUAAUGAUACUAAACCGAUUUGGGUAUAUUGCGCGACAGGUCAACAUUGUCAGAAUGGUAUGGUCAUGGCCGUCAAUGCCCCAACUUCUGGAAAUACAUUCUCAGCAUUCCAAGCUAACGCUAUGGGCGGUGAAAAUGCAACUACUGCUGGAAACUCAACAGGGUCAGCAUCGACUUCUGGAUCCGCCUCGUCUUCGACUGCUGCCAUUUCUGGAGCAGAUGGGAGCGCUGGUGUGACUGUGUCUAAUACUACGGCUGCGGCUGACUCAAGUGCUUCUGCUUCGGCAAGUAGUACCAAUGGUACAUCCUCUUCGUCAUCCAGCGAUAGUUCCGCUUCUUCUUUGGAUAUCAACUUCCUACCGAUUAGUAUGAUAGCUUUGUUAGCUCUCUGGUUCACUUCGGUCUAG